AUGAGAAAGUCUUGGAAGGAGACAAGGCUGAGGUUGUAUAAUACUUCGAGCCAACGUUCACGACUGAACAAAAUAUUGAGAAUCGUCCGCCGGGAAUCGAUCGAGAGCAUUGGAGAUGGUUCCUUGACUAUCGCGCCAAAGUUGAGACAAAGGAAAAAUGCGAAGAAUCGAUCAAAACAACUAUAUACUCACACUGGCGGUUCGAAAAGUUUUGCACGGCGGAUGGAAGAAGAGAAAAGAAUUGAGGAGAUUGAGCAACAGGAUGAGUCAUCUAGGGUGUUGUCUCAAAAUGAUUCCAUUGCUCAGGUUUUCAGAAAAGAGAAACCGGGUAGAGUACGUGGUGUGGGUUUUGGACCGACUCCUAGUCAACUCUUUGGUCCAAAUUCACAUGCGUCUGGCAACGGAAUCCAACUAGAGGAGACCCAAAGGAAGCUGCUUGAACUACAGGCAAAGCUGGAAGGCGAGAAGUUGAAGAGGAAGGCGAUGGAGGAUGAGGCAGCAGCAAAGAAGAAAAAGAUGAAGGCGAUGGAUAGUGCUCUGAUUUAUCUGUUUCAACGGCAGGGUGAGGAGCUGCCACUAGACAUCGCUGCAGGGAUGAGUUUCGUGGAAUGA